CAAACUCGACGUUGAAAUUUAAAUCGUUGAAUUCUGUCACCCCUAACGAAGUCAAUUCGCGGGCUAAGUGUGCUCGAGACGCCACAUUUCAGCCUUAUGAAGAUAGCUGAGGUCCAAACGUCUGGGCCGUGCGUCACAGGCCGUGAUGUGGGCAGAGUGUAGGGUGCUGGAGGCAGGCUGUGGAGUCAGGAGGAGGUUUCUACGUUCGUCUGUCAUGAGACUCCCAUGCUCCUUCUGGUUCCUGCUGCUAUUGGGUGCUGGAGGUCUUCUUCUGCUGCAUCUACUGGACCUCUCAGAGACACUCAAGCAACAGAACCAAGGUCCAAAGGUCUUAUUCACCCAAGUACAGUCAGUGAGGAAGGAACAGUGUUUUCAUUGUCUUGACAAUGACAGACAGAUUUCUGAUGCAAUGGAGGACAGCUUUCCUAGUCCUGCCCACCCUGUCCAACAUCCAGUCUCGUCCUGGGCCCAACGCUCCUCUCUAAUCAACCCCAGAGACAUCACAGCUUCUCACGUCACUAAGAGCCACCGUAAACUACUCCUUAAGAGCGGACCACUUAUCCAGCAGCCCAACACAGACCCUCCGUGCCAGACCAAGGACUGCACAGAGCGACUGACCCGGGUACAGCAGUUCCGUCAGAAGCUUAUGAGAGAGGUAUGUGACAAAUACACAAGCGGAACCACUAAACAGACUAUAACCCGUAUGCAUGUGUCCCGGAUCUUUGUGGAGGACACCCACAAACUCCUUUACUGUGAGGUGCCCAAGGCAGGUUGCUCUAAUUGGAAGAGGGUACUCAUGGUGCUUCAAGGACUCGCCCCAUCAACUGGAGAGAUCCAACAUGAUGAGGUACAUUAUGGGAAUCACCUUAAACGUCUGGACUCCUUUGAUCACAGGGGCAUCAUCAAGCGUUUGAACACCUAUACCAAAGUCCUCUUCCUGAGGGAACCUUUCGAGAGGUUGGUAUCUGCUUUUCGGGAUAAGUUCGAGAGUCCAAACUCAUACUACCACCCAGUGUUUGGGAAGCCCAUUAUCUCAAGAUAUCGUAGUAAUGCAACCCAGUAUGCCUUACGCACAGGAGCUGGUGUGACCUUCAAGGAGUUUAUCCAGUAUUUGUUAGAUGUGCAUCGGCCGGUUGGCAUGGACAUCCACUGGGAGUCUGUAGGCCAACUCUGCAGCCCUUGUCUGCUAAACUAUGAUUUCAUUGGGAAAUUUGAGACUCUGGAAGAAGAGGCCAAUUUCCUUUUGAGAAGUAUUGGAGCUCCUUCCAAUUUAACAUUUCCUAGUUUUAAAGAUAGGAACCCUAAUGCAGAAAGGACUUCCUCACAGAUUACAAGGAGAUACUUUGCACAGCUAAAUGCAAUUGAAAGACAGAGGGCGUUUGACUUCUACUACAUGGAUUAUCUGAUGUUCAACUACUCCAAACCAUUUAAAGAUUUGUACUGAAGCCUUUUUACAAAAACUUGUUGGCUUGAUGUUCACAUUUUGUCUUAGUGAAGUUUUUUAUUACUAAAAAAUCGUUGUUUAUUCUUUAUAAAGUAAUCACACUCUAUAUUUUUUUCAGUAAUUGCAGGCUGGUCCUUGCUUUUAUCUUAUUUACAGUGCUACACAUAUUUGAUGCAUAUUUAAUCAAUUUAAACUAAGUCCCCACAUUGUGAGUGUAAUUUGGCUUAGUGUGACAUUUUUUUCUCAAGACUGCCUAGAAUGAAUAGAAUUAACUCAGAGUGUCUAAAUUGUGCUGUACUGUGUCAGAUUAGGAACACAAAGAAAGCUGUGUGAAUAUGAUGUUAUAUACUGUUAAAGAGAUAGUUCGCCCAAAAAUGAAAUCUCUGUCAAUGUUGUUCCAAAACUAUAUGACUUUCUUUCCUCUGUGGAACACAAAAGGAGAUGUUAGGUAGAAUGUUAGCCUUUCCUUUCACUUUUUUCACUUUCCUUUCACCUUUCACUUUCAUUGUAAGUAAAAAAGAAGCAAUCCAAGUAAAUUGCGACUGAGGCUAACGUUCCUCCUAACAUCUCCUUUUGUGUUCCAUGGAGGACAGAAAGUUGUACUGGUUUGGACCAAUAUGAGGGUGAGUAAAUGAUAACAGAAUUUUCAUUUUUGGGUGAUCUGUUCCUUUAAGAGGUGCAAAUUUGUGCACAUAGAGUGCAAAUGCAACUGUUGUCCAACUUUUAAAAAUAUGAGUCAAUUUACUCCAUAUAUACUGUGAUGCAGUGGAAAUAUUUUUAACAUUGUGACAGGAACAAGUUGUUGCUGGAUUUGGUUCAUACUAGUAUAAUAAUAAGAAAUGUAAACUAUUGUGAAUGUAUAACA